CCAUUACGUAUGUUUUAAAUAAGGUAAGGAGAGAGAGAGAGAGAGAGAAGAGGAUGGACAAUUUCUCGGUGUUGCCGGAAGGAUGCAUUUCACAGAUUCUGUCCAUGACCUCUCCCCGGGACGCGUGCCGUUCGUCCGCAAUCUCAUCCGGGUUCGGCGCAGCUGCCAACUCAGAUUCCGUUUGGGAGAAAUUUCUGCCCUCAGAUUAUCGGCAAAUCAUUUCUAGAUCUGUAUCUCCAGUGGUCUUCUUCUCCACCAAGAAGCAGUUGUACUUCAGUCUCUGUGAUUCUCCUCUCCUCCUCGACGGCGGCAAACUGAGCUUUGCACUAGACAGAGAAAGCGGGAAGAAGUGUUUCACUCUACCAGCCCGGGAACUCGCAAUUCCUUGGAAAGAGGAUCCCCGAUUAUGGAAGUGGAUAUCAUUGCCUGAGUCAAGAUUCUCAGAGGUGGCCCAGGUUGUGGGUGUUUGUUGGCUUAAUAUUUGGCGCAGGAUUAGCACUGCAAUGCUAUCUCCAAAAACCACUUAUGCAGCUUACCUCAUUUUCAAAUUUACAGUCCAGAAGAGACAUUAUGGGCUUGAGUCGCUUCCGGUGAAGGCGUCUGUCAGAUUUGUAAAGGAAGGAGAAGAUGGGUACGAAGACGAUAACAGUAGUAUUGUUUUCUUAACCUUGCAGACACUGGCAAAUUUGGAUAGAGGACAAAAUGGAUGGCUCCCUCAAAUGAGAGAGGAAGGGUGGAUGGAGAUUGAAUUGGGGGAAUUUUACAACGACGAAGGAGACGAUGGUGAAGUGGAGAUGAGAUUGAGGGAGAUCAGUGACUGGAAGUCCGGACUUAUCGUGGAGGGCAUUGAGGUACGGCCUAAAGUUGGUGUAUAAAAAAAAAAGAAAAAAGAAAAAAAAGAGAGUUACGGUUCGCCAUGGUUGUCUUCUACGAGGGAAGUGAUUUUAAAGCCCGCAUAGAAUUUUAAAAAUUCCAUCACAUAUUCGGCUUGACAGAGGAACGUGUUACGAUGGGGUGUGGCGAUGCCAGUAUAUAGUCCAAGCCGAAUGCGUUGCUUUGUUAAAUUGGAACAUGCCUUCGAAAAACUUAAAUAGUACAAAUACUGGGCAAUCUGGCAUGGAUUUCUAUCUAAAUCAAAAAAGCUUCUUUGUUGUGGCCAUGGCAGUUCGUUGCGGUUAAAUUUGCGCAUUUAUUGGCUUCGAGUUGUGAAUAUACUUGAUGGUAUGGCCUCCAAUUUCUAUUCGGAAGCGACAUGCAUUCAGGGACAUCGUUUGCUUAAAACGAUGAGAUUUAUUCUGAUUCCUGUAGUACUUUGACAAACUGAAACAGUUGCAUAAACAACUUUGAUGUUGGU